UUUGUAGGUAUCUGAAAUAUGUGUCAGUGUGGCCUUAACAAACUUUCCUUAGAUGACGAUAUGAUCUAGUUAAACAGGGACAUCCCAUAAUGGUGUCAGUUUUUCGUACCUUACAAAGAAGUUGCAGCAGAAGGCUGUGGAGCAACCUAAGCAGAAGAAAUCCAAGUCGGCUGAAUUUCUGAUGGCAGAAGGAGAGGAGGUUAGAAGCAUAAUGAAAGGUGUGGUCAAUCUUGCAUUCCAGGAGGAGACAGAGGUUGGAAUGCACAAUAGCACCCUUGCAGCUAAGUGUCAGAACGUGGAGCUGCCGGCGGCAGCUACAGUUAGAGAGUUUAUGAAUGAUGAUGAGAAAAACCUUUAUGAGAAACUUUCAGAAAUGCUUCAAGAAGAGGACACUUCAACUGUCAUUGAUUUACCAGGUACGGUGAUGUCUGCCCAUGAUGUUGAGGAAGCUGAACCAUCCGGUGAAUGGAAAGAUCAACCUAGAGCCGAACAGCUGGAGAGACGAACAGAGGUCAUACCUCACUACAUUCAGCAGCUCAGAAAGCAUGUGCAGAAAGACAUGAUCCCUGUGGGCAGACCUGCAAUGGCACAGGAAGACCAUUUGGAGAAGGGAAUGAAUGAGGAAAAGGUGUGGGGGAGAAAGAAGAGAGUAAUGUCGUUCUUAAGGGGAAAUUCAAAGAUCAGGAAUAUAAAUAAGGAGGAUGAAGUUCUUCAGGACAGACUCUACGAUGCUUUCCAACGAACACAGACUCGCUUAUUAAAUUCUCUACGGCAGCAUCAAGCUGAAGUGAUCGACCAAUACGGGGAUAUUAUAGAAGAGACAGGAAGCACAGACAUGCUGGGCAUCGGAACUGACCUCCGAUGGGAGAUUGAAUGGACCAAGACUCCGCAGCCCAUUGAAGUGCGUGUUUUGUGUCUGAGGGCCGUGAGAGAGAAGCUGCCCAAAGGUCUGUACUCACUGACCGUGUCUCUCCAGACUGAGGUGGGUGGCCGUACGUUGCGGUGGUCUCAUUUACAAGAGCAGCCGUGGACUGGAAGCACAGAACCCGUGCAACACGGUGGCCAAUACUGUGACACAGAUCUCAACAUUAACCAGAGCCUCUACAUGAUUGGUGUGAGUGGAUUCAUGUGGCAUUAA